AUGAUGCAUAGAUAUUGUAUGUCUGAUCAUUCUUUUACGGCAUUGGAGCAUGUGCACACACCAAAAUUUCUAAACAGUAUCAAGUGUUCUGGAAUUCCAAAUCACUCAAUCACAUUAAAGGUAGGUGUACCGGUAAUGUUAUUAAGAAACAUAGAUCAAUCGUCAGGAUUGUGUAAUGGGACGAGGUUGAUCAUCACAAAACUUGGGAAUCGGGUUAUAAAAGCUAAGAUUUUAUCAGGAAAAAUGGUAGGUGAAAAAGUGUUUAUCCCAAGAAUGAGUUUGACACCAUCUAGUGCUGGAAUACCUUUUAAGUUCCAGCGAGGACAAUUUCCCAUCAUUGUCUCAUUUGCCAUGACCAUCAAUAAAAGUCAAGGCCAAUCAUUGUUUCAUGUUGGGUUACUUUUGAAGAAAUCAGUGUUUACACAUGGACAAUUGUACGUUGCUCUUUCACGAGUGACAAGUAGGAAGGGGUUAAAGAUUUUAGCCUACGAUGAUGAAGGAAAAAUAACAAAUGAAGUAAAAAAUAUAGUGUACAAAGAGGUUUUUCAUAAUUUAAUUUGA